UUCACGCACCGCAAACAGUCGUGAACCAAACCCACCAAAUAGAUGUUCCGAAUAGCAACAGCAAUUUUCUUUAAGCAAGAGUUCACCCAAUAAACAGUAAACACAAACCAGAACCAGAUAAGCUCAAAGCUGCCAUUUGAGAAACCCAUCUUCAGUUUGAGAAAUGGCGGUAGCAUCAACUUCUUUAGUUUCUCAACUAUCUGGUCCUAAGUCCGCCAUUUCGUUUUCCAGCCCACACUUCUCUGGUCUUCGCCCAUCUUGUUUCAAGCUUGAGAAUACUACUACUCAGUCCCUUUUCCAAAAUGUUGAGCCUCACUUACGCCUUUCUGACACUAAGAAAGCUUGUAGACCCGUUGUCUCCAUGGCUGGCUCCGGCAAGUUCUUUGUUGGUGGCAACUGGAAAUGUAAUGGAACCAAGGACUCCAUAAGCAAGCUUGUCUCUGAUCUGAACAGUGCGAAGCUCGAGUCAGAUGUUGAUGUGGUUGUAGCACCUCCCUAUCUGUACAUUGAUCAAGUAAAGAGUUCACUAACUGAUAGGAUUGAAAUUUCAGCUCAAAAUUGUUGGACUGGCAAAGGUGGAGCUUUCACGGGUGAAAUCAGUGUGGAACAGUUGAAAGAUAUUGGCUGCAAGUGGGUCAUUCUUGGGCAUUCUGAGCGGAGACAUGUACUUGGAGAAAAUGAUGAAUUUAUUGGGAAGAAGGCUGCUUAUGCUUUGAGCCAGAAUGUUGGAGUUAUAGCUUGUAUCGGAGAGCUAUUGGAGGAAAGAGAAGCUGGAAAAACUUUUGAUGUAUGUUUCCAGCAGCUGAAGGCUUUUGAUGAUGCUUUACCGAGUUGGGAUGAUGUUGUCAUCGCAUAUGAGCCUGUAUGGGCUAUUGGGACUGGUAAAGUGGCGACACCUGAGCAGGCUCAGGAGGUGCAUGCAGCUGUUCGUGAUUGGCUUAGUAAGAAUGUUUCUGCAGAAGUUUCGUCUAAAACACGCAUCAUAUAUGGAGGCUCUGUGAAUGGAGGCAACUCUUCUGACCUAGCGAAGAAAGAAGAUAUUGAUGGCUUUCUAGUAGGAGGUGCUUCUUUGAAGGGUCCUGAGUUUGCCACCAUUAUUAAUUCUGUAACUUCCAAGAAGGUAGCUGCUUGAUCAUUUGUCACGAGUUGUAGUCGUGGAAAUAAAUGGCCUACAGAAAUACCAGUUCCGGAAGCAUAACACGGCCAAUCUAUGAGUGAGUUGUCUAGCGGAAUUUUGAUAACUUUCCAACUCUUCCUGUGUAACUUGUUUUUCAUACAUCACUUUUAAUACUGUGAUAGCAAAAUUGUGAGCUUCACAGUAUAGAUGUUUCUUAUACCAGGCUGCUUGACAAUUAUACCAAAGUUGAAGUUACUUAA